GUAUUUUAAACCUUAAAUGGUCAUUGAAACUGUCUGUGUGUGUGCGCGUGCGCAUGCAUGGUGCCUUGCGAUAGACUUAUGUAUUCCUGCCUCUUGCCCAGUAUUCCCAGGAUAGUCUCUGAUCUGUUGCUGUAGUCCACACAGCAUGCGUUGAACAUGAAGUUCAUACAACUUCUGACAUCAUCUGUAUUCUAAAUUCCAAAACCUUUUUUCCUUGUUGAUCUUUUUCCGAUCCCAGAGGCAGCACUGAAUUAUUCAUGUUCUUUUUAUGCUUUUGUGGCUCGUGCUUUUUCAGACCUAAAUUAAUAUUGGAGUUGUAUGAACAUGAAGCAUGAUAUUCCAGAGAGCCACCGUACUCUGUACAUUGGGGUGCAUGUCCCACUCGGUCGGAGGUCACACAGGCGACAUCGUCACCAUGGACACAGUCACAGGAAGAGGUCAAGAGAGAGAGACUCAGGAACUGAGGAUGGCCGGGAAUCUCCCUCAUACACAGACACUCCAUCUCAGAGAGUGCAGUUUUUAUUGGGGAUGGAAGAUGAGGAUGAGGAGCACAUUCCUCAUGCACUUUUCACUGAGCUGGAUGAAAUUUGUCUGAGAGAGGGAGAGGAUGCUGAGUGGAAAGAGACUGCAAGAUGGCUGAAAUUUGAGGAGGAUGUGGAAGACGGAGGGGAGAGAUGGAGUAAACCCUAUGUAGCCACACUGUCUCUGCACAGCUUGUUUGAGCUGCGCAGCUGCAUCCUCAAUGGCAUUGUCAUGCUGGACAUGAGAGCUAACUUGCUGGAGGAGAUUGCAGACAUGGUUCUCGACCAGCACGAGACGUCGGUCAGUAUCGGAGAGGAGGUGCGUAGGAAAAUCCGCAAUGCUCUUCUCAAACAGCAUCACCACCAAAACCAGAAGAAACUGGCCAACCGCAUCCCCAUCGUCCGCUCGUUCGCCGACAUCGGAAAGAAGCAGUCCGAGCCACACUCUAUGGAUAAGAACGGUCAGAUGGUGUCUCCUCAGUCCCAGCCGUGCUGCACAGAGGGCCGAGGCGAUGGCAGUCGAGAGAACAGUGCAGUGGACUUCAGUAAGAUAGAUCUCCAUUUUAUGAAGAAGAUCCCACCAGGAGCAGAGGCGUCAAACAUCCUGGUCGGAGAAUUGGAGUUCCUGGAGAAGCCAGUGGUGGCGUUUGUGCGGCUUUCUCCAGCUGUGCUGCUCAACGGCCUGGCUGAAGUCCCCAUCACCACCAGAUUUCUGUUUAUACUGCUGGGGCCGAUGGGAAAAGGGCCUCAGUACCACGAGAUCGGACGCUCCAUUGCUACACUAAUGACAGACGAGGUGUUCCACGAUGUGGCGUAUAAGGCGAAGGACCGAAGUGAUUUGGUUGCUGGAAUUGAUGAGUUUUUGGACCAGGUGACAGUGCUACCACCAGGAGAGUGGGAUCCCACCAUCAGAAUAGAGCCACCCAAGAACGUGCCCUCUCAGGAGAAAAGGAAAAUUCCUUCUCUACCUAAUGGAGUGACUGAGCUGGGAGAGACAGAGGAGCAUGGAGGCCAUGGAGGACCUGAAUUACAGCGCACAGGGAAGUUUUUUGGAGGCUUUAUCCUUGAUGUAAAACGCAAAAUUCGGCACUACCUGUCCGACUACACCGAUGCCAUCAGCCUGCAGUGUCUGGCCUCCUUCCUGUUCCUCUACUGCGCCUGCAUGUCUCCUGUCAUCACUUUCGGAGGCCUGCUGGGGGAGGCCACAGAGGGUCGAAUAAGUGCUAUAGAGUCUUUGUUCGGCGCCUCGAUGACUGGGAUAGCGUACUCUCUGUUUGCUGGGCAGCCUCUCACUAUCCUGGGCAGCACCGGUCCUGUCUUGGUGUUUGAGAAGAUCCUCUUCAAAUUCUGCAAGGAAUAUGGACUGUCCUACCUCUCCUUGCGUUUGUGUAUCGGGCUGUGGACGGCUUUCUUCUGCCUAAUCCUGGUGGCCACAGACGCCAGUUCACUGGUGUGCUACAUCACUCGAUUCACAGAGGAAGCAUUUGCUUCACUCAUCUGCAUCAUCUUCAUCUACGAGGCGCUGGAGAAACUAGUGCACCUGGGAGAGACGUAUCCCUUCAACAUGCACAACGACCUCAACAAGCUCACCCAGUACUCCUGUGUGUGCACAGAGCCAAAACAGCCAAGCAACAGCACCCUGCAACACUGGCAGGAGAAGAACAUCACCAGCUCUGAGAUCGACUGGUUAGGUCUGGAUGUCAAGAGCUGUGUGGAGCUCAGGGGCGAGUUCCAGGGCAGUGCAUGCGGCCAUCACGGCCCUUACGUCCCCGACGUUCUCUUCUGGUCCGUCGUCCUGUUCUUCUCCACCGUCGCCAUGUCUUCUUUCCUCAAGGAGUUCAAAACUAGCCGCUACUUCCCCACCAAGGUGAGGGCAAUCAUCAGUGAUUUUGCAGUAUUCAUCACUAUCGCCACCAUGGUGGGGAUCGACUUUGCUCUGGGGGUUCCCUCUCCCAAACUGCAGGUCCCCAAUGAAUUUAAACCUACCAGAGAUGACCGCGGCUGGAUCAUCAGCCCUCUGGGUCCAAACCCGUGGUGGACAAUCCUCAUCGCCUUCAUCCCAGCACUGCUUUGCACCAUCCUCAUCUUCAUGGACCAGCAAAUCACAGCUGUCAUCAUUAACAGGAAGGAACACAAGCUGAAGAAAGGCUGUGGCUACCACCUGGACCUGUUUGUGGUGGGUGUGAUGCUUGGAGUGUGCUCAAUUAUGGGACUUCCAUGGUUCGUGGCUGCCACAGUCCUCUCCAUCACACAUGUGAACAGCUUGAAGCUGGAGUCUGAGUGCUCAGCGCCGGGAGAACAGCCCAAGUUUUUGGGAAUCAGAGAGCAGCGCUUCACCGGCCUCAUGAUCUUCGUCCUCAUGGGCUGCUCUGUCUUCAUGACCUCCGUCUUAAAGUUCAUCCCAAUGCCUGUGUUAUAUGGCGUUUUCUUGUACAUGGGGGCGUCGUCUCUCAGAGGCAUACAGUUCUUUGACCGUCUGAAGUUGUUUGGGAUGCCAGCGAAACACCAGCCGGACUUCAUCUACCUGAGGCAUGUUCCUCUGAGGAAGGUCCACCUGUUCACCAUCAUCCAGCUAAGCUGCCUUGUCCUCCUUUGGGUCAUCAAAACCUCCAGAGCUGCCAUAGUUUUCCCGAUGAUGGUGUUAGCGUUAGUUUUCAUCCGUAAGCUGCUGGACUUCAUCUUCACAAAGAGGGAGCUCAGCUGGCUCGAUGACCUCAUGCCUGAGAGCAAGAAGAAAAAAUUGGAGGAUGCACAGAAAGAGGAGACCCACAGUGUGAUGGUGGAGGAUGAGGGAAUUGUCCAGGUGCCACUUGAAGGGCAUUACAAGGACGACCCGUCCACAGUCAACAUUUCAGAUGAAAUGACCAAGACCUCUUUCGGAAAUAUCUGGAAAAACCUCAAUACUGACAACAGCAAAAACGAUAAAAGUGCAAAAAGAUCCCCAGUGACAAACAUCAGGAAUCCUAAGGAAACAGAAGAGGUGAAGGACUGGAACAUUGACAGAGAGACGAAAUUAAAGAUACCUACUUCAUCUUUGAAGAUAUUUAAUGUAUUUUCAAUGCAACUCCAUGAACAUAAGGAUUGCAAAACAGUCAGGCGACAAAUUAAAGAGAAAAACAUCACACGGUGUCUGGUGUUGGGCCACAACGAACCGUCAGAACAGCUUCAGUGCACCUUUGGUAUCGAUUUUUACAAAUCUCUGGAACCGUACUGGAGGGAUAAACACCAUUUUUAUGAAAGAUAUUCCCUCAGUAGGUGUUUUGGUGAUGGUGGUGCAGAGCGCUGUCUUACACAUCAGUCCAAAAAGGGUUUCAAAUGGAUUGAGGUUACUGUGAAAGCCAUAGCAUAUGAUUUAUAGUGAUGCUUGAAAGUUUGCGAACCCUUUAGAAUUGAAUAGGUUUCUGCAUAAAUAUGACCGGAAACAACAUCAGAUUUUCACACAAGUCCUAAAAGUAGAUAAAGAGAACCCAAUUAAAGUAAUGAGACAAAUAUUAUGCUUUCAUUUAUUUAUUGAGGAAAAUGAUCCAAUAUUAUAUAUCUGUGAGUGGCAAACGUAUGUGAACCUUUGCUUUCAGUAUCUGAUGUGACCCUAGUUACGUUUGCAGUAACUGUUGAUCAGUCCUGCACAUCAGCUUGGAGGAGUGUUAGCCCGUUCCUCAGUACAGAACAGUUUCAACUCUAGGGUGUUGGUGGGUUUCCUCACAUGAACUGCUUGCUUCAGGUCCUUCCACAACAUUUCUACUGGAUUAAGGUCAGGACAUUGACUUCAUAAACAUUAACUUUAUUCUGCUUUAACCAUUCUUUGAUAGAAUGACACAUGCCUAGGGUCGCUGUCUUGCUGCAAGACCCACUUUCUCUUGAGAUUCAGUUCACGGACAGAUGGCCUGACAUUUUCCUUACUUGCUGGUAUAAUUCAGAAUUCAUUGUUCCAUCAACGAUGGCAAACCAUCCCGGUCCAGAUGCGGCAUGUUUCACAGAUGGGAUAAGGUUCUUAUGCUGGAAUGCAGUUUUUUCCUUUCUCCAAACAUAACGCUUCUCAUUUAAACUAAAAUGUUCUAUUUUGGUCUCAUCCAUCAACAAAACAUUUUUCCAACAGCCUUCUGUUGGAAGGCUGUCCACGUGAUCUUGAUCAAAAUGCGGAUGGGAAGCAAUGUUCUCUUUGGAGAGCAGUGACUUUAUUCUUGCGACCCUGCCAUGCACACCAUUGUUGUUCGAUGUUCUCCUGAUGGUGCACUCAUGAACAUUAGCCAAUGUGACUGAUGCCUUUAGUUGCUUAGAAGUUACUCAGGGUUCCUUUGUGAGCUCGUGGACAAUUACACGUCUUGCUCUUGGAGUGAUCUUUGUUGGUCGAUCAGUCCUGGGGAGGGUAACAAUGGUCUUGAAUUUCCUCCAUUUGUACACAAUCUGUCUGACUGUGGAUGGGUGGAAUCCAAACUCUUUAGAGAUGGUUUUGUAACCUUUUCCAACCUGAUGAGCAUCAACAACUCUCUUUCUGGCGUCCUCAAAAAUCUCCUUGCCAUGAUACACUUCCACAAACGUGUUGUGAAGAUCAGACUCUGAUAGAUCCCUGUUCUUUAAAUAAAACAGGGUGCUCACUCACACCUGAUCAUCAUCCCAUUGAUUGAAAACACCUGACUCUAAUUUCACCUUCAAAUUAAACUGCUAGUCCUAGAGGUUCACAUACUCUUGCCACUCACAGAUAUGUAAUAUUGGAUCAUUUACCGCAAUAAAUAAGUGACCAAGUAGAAUAUCUUUGUCUCAUUUGUUUAAUUGGGAUCUCUUUAUCUACUUUUAGGACUUGUGUGAAAAUCUGAUGUUUUAGGUCAUAUUUAUGCAGAAAAACAGAAAAUUCACAAACUUUCAAGCACCACCGUAUAUCAUUUUCAUUCUCAUUAAACCAUUCAGUGAGCUCUCGUGUCCUAGGGAGGUGCACAUUCUGGAAAAGACUCUCUCUCUCAUCAGCAGGGAAAUGUUUCAUCCUAGGAUAAAGGAGAUCAGUCCGAAAACCUUUGUAAUGAUUUGCAGUGACUUCCCUCUUGCCAGCAAAAUUCCCUUACAGGUUUUCCUAUAACUUGUCACCUGUCUGUAUACAUUACAUUUUGAAUGCAAACGAAACAAAUAUAGAUAUAUAAUAUUAAUUAAAUAUUUUCUGACAGCAAACACUUCUAUGUCUAUGUCAAGUAAUCCCAGUCUAUGUUAAUAACUGUAUAUACAUGUCUGUCUGAAUAUGUUAAGUAUUUCACUCAGCAUACUAACACUUUGUAAGGUAUGCUGACACAUUUCUUUGUAAAAACCUUCCACAAUCACUCGACCAAUAUUUCCAAAUGUACUUUUAUGGACUGUUG